AAAAAUUCCAACUUUUUUGAUUUGGAUUCUAAUGGCCUGCUUGGAUUAGUCAAAUGAUACAAAAACAACUGCUACACACACUAGUGUGUGCCCGCUGGUGUGCUUUAAUCUGAGUUUUAUUAAUGUGACAAUUGAAUUAUGAACCCAGGAAAUUGUGCCAUACUUUCUAUGUUGAAUUCAAUGUGGUAAUGAGAAAACGAUGAAGUUAAAAAUCUGGAGAAAUGCAAAAUGCAAAAUGGUUUUAACACAUCGUCUACACGCAAUUGUGUGCUCUGCUGCUGCUGCUGCCUGCUGAGUAUGCAGAAAUAAAGAAAAAAAGAAAAUGCCAGAUUUAUUAACUACACUGAGAAUGUUGUUCUUGUAUCAGUUACGUGUACUAAAGAUGAUGAUGACCAAAAAGAAAUUUUAAAAAAUGGGUUCUUUUUAUUUCGCUUUGUGAAUCUUCUUAGUGAUCAGAGCUAAGCUUGACUUUUAGUAUCAUCCCCCGCGUUGUUUAAUCCUUAAAUCGAACCUUCGUACGUAGUUUCCUUUGGGGAAUUAUACUCUGAUUCUUCACAAUUAUAUAUAAGACUGACAGUUGGCCGUUUGGUGUUACCCAACAUUUAGAUUUUCAAGCUUGAUUGCCAUCUUAAUUGGGGUUUUUUAUUAUUUUUCCUUCUCAAUUCCUUAUCGAAUUAGAUUGAGUAUUUUGAUGGUAGAGAAACGACGGUCUAGAGGUGGGGGAGAGGAAGGGUCUGAUUAUUCAAACCGUUCUAAACGCCCAAAUUCUUUUAUUAGAGAUGUGAGCAGAAUUUCGCAGCAAGAAUUAGGCAGAACGUUGGAACCUUAUCUUCGCAAUGUGGUGCGGGAGGAGAUUAAUCGUGUGUUCUGCUCAUACCUCAUCAGGGAUUCGCAUAAUCAGAUUGAUGUUGGCGUUGGCUCACGGAGCUUGCAGUUGCAUUUUGAGGGUAGAUUGCCCAACACGCUGUUCACUGGCUGCAAAGUGGAAACGGAGGAUCGAGCAACCAUUAAAGUUGUGUUGCGCGAUGCUAUGACCCGGAAAUUAAUAAGAUCCGGACCUCAUUCCACUGCAAAGGUCACCCUUCGUGUGCUUGAUGGCGAUUUUAACAAGGAUGAUCGCGAUGAUUGGCCUCCUCAAGAGUUUCACAAUCGAACAGUGCAGCAAAGAGAAGGCAAAAGGCCACUGGUCACUGGGACAUUGGUGUUAGCUCUCAAGGAGGGGAUUGGUUAUGUUGAAGAUGUUAGCUUUACCGACAACAGUAGCUGGACGAGGAGUGGCAAGUUCAGACUGGGUGCAACCACCUCUGAUCCAAACAUGAUCAGGGAAGGAGUUACCAAUGUCUUCAAAGUGAAGGAUCAUCGUGGCGAGUCAUACAAGAAACACGAUCGGCCCUCAUCGGGUGAUGAAGUCUGGCGCUUGAAAAAGAUAGCCAAAGACGGAGCAUCCCACAACCGGCUGACUGACUCUGGCAUCUUUGAUGUCAAAGGCUUCUUACGCUUAUAUGUGACUGAUCCAGCCACCCUUCGCCAUAUACUUGGUAAAAAGACCUCAGACAAGACAUGGAACACAAUUAUCAGGCACGCUACCGCUUGUCUGUUGGAUGAGAAUGAUCUCUAUCAGUUUAACGCUCCAGAUGGGACCGUGCUGGUUCUCAAUUCCAUCUAUGAAGUUGAUGGAGUGAUUUUUGACGGGGAUCAUUACCUGUCAUUGAAUAUGCUCAGCAUGUCUCAGAAGUUGCUGGUCGACAAGUGGAAGAAAGUUGUCUACAAAAAUUUGAACUUUGUGGUUCCCAUUGAGGAACAUUCGUUGCUUUUGCGCCAAAUGCUGCUGCAGAGUCUGCAGAUGAGCUCUUCUUACAGCAACCCCAUCAUAAUCCCUAUGGCUCCACAAAAUGUUAAUUUUCCUGUUGAACGAGGUAACUAGUUGAACUGACGCUCUUCAUUUUGCUUUGAUGGAUGUCAUCUUUUGAAGGAAUAAUCUUUUCUUUCACAACUGUUUCAACACUGAAUUUAACAAUCAUAUACUCCGUAAUCAACAGUGAAUAGUUUACACUAAGCACUUUUUGGAGCUUGCACCAUAAACUAACUAUAGUUUCUUGAAUGACCUGAAUUCUCAUCCCUUGUUUUAAAUGUCUUUGAAUCUAGCUGAUAUUAGAUUCUAUACAGAUGAAUAUGAAAUUCUCCUCAACCCUCACAAUGUGCAAGUUUCACCUGCAAAUGCCUAUGGAGCAGAAGGGAAUCAGUCCAGAACUGCAGCAGGAACUUCUUAUCAGAUUGAAACUUUUGAUUCUGUCGUGUCCAACGGCCUCAUGAGCAGCGAUUCUUAUGAUGAGUUUCCUUCUGAUGGAUAUGGUUUGGACACCCCUACCUCGUUAAGGUCUUUUGGAUCUACAGAGCAGUUAGCAGUCAGUGAAAACUUCUUGGUUGCAACUUCUCCGUGGCAGGGGAAUGGAUACUACCAAUAUCCGAAAAACAAUCCAGCACUUGGUUUUGUUUCCUCUGAUUUUGGCAUUCGCAUCUCUGGCUAUGGCAAACCAAAAGCAAGUUGGUGCAAGAUAAGGGCGGUUGUUAAAUUUAGGAUGAUCAAAAGCCGCUGCCAGAAGUAUGGGAAAGCUCCCAAGUAUACUCCAUUUUGACAUUUCACCUCAACACUUGGCUCCAGAAAUGGAACGAGCUUGUAGUGAAUAGUCAUCCUUUUUUACCUUCUGUUAGCAAGUUCAAGCAGCUGUUUUUUCACAUCUAGAAAACAGCAGCAGUUCUUCCUUAGAUUGAGGGUGCAUCGCAAUGUAAAUAGGUCCUUUUUUUCCUCGCCUCAGAAUGCGCACAGAGAGCGAGUUGUUUAGAUUGUUGUAAUUAGACAGAAUCUGGUUGAUGAAUUAGCAGAAAGCAUCUGUACAGUAUCAACCUUCCUCUUUAAACUAGUUCUCCUGAACAAAAGAAGCGCUCAAUGUAGUAUAUAGCGCGUGUACUUGGGUUCGCCCCCAUUCUGGCGAGGUGAUUAGCAUUAAGUAAUUCGUUGAUUUGUCAGUACCAAGUUGUAACUCUGAAGGUGUGAAUAAAUUUUGUACAUUCGCUAUGGUUUUUC